GCUCUCCAUUGCCCAGUGUUGAUGAAUUCAUGCCUGGCGCUGGGAGCCAAGCAAUUAGCCUUGAAGGCCCCGGCGAACGAAGCACAGAACGCGAACGAGAUUGCUAUUCGUUAUCAUCAACUUGCCAUUGAGGCUCUUAGAGCUAUAAUAAUGUCUCCGGCGUUAGCAUCCCAUGACGCCAUUCUUGCCUCGAGUAUCAUUCUUUCCACGUAUGAAAUGCUCGAUGUUGCAGGCGAAACCUUCGGCUCCCAUCUCAGUGGCGUCGCAUUUUUCCUGCAGGCCCAGAAUGUUCAUGGCGAUUCGUGCAACAUCAAAGGCGCAGCGUACUGGACGUGGUACCGGCAUGAAAUAUGAGCUUCCCUUCAGACCGGCCGACGAAUGUUUCUCGACGCCACAUACUGGGAGCCCAAACCUGUGGAUAGCUUCGAGAGCCUCUCAAUCGAAGAGAUUACGAAUCGCGCGAUCUUCGUCUUCGGUCAGUGUGUCUCGUUCUGUAAUGAUGAUACUUUUGGAGAAGGCUUUGAACCGGAUGCCAAGCGGCGCGCGCGACAAGAACGAGCCGCGGAAUUAAAAAUAGGCCUGGAAAGCUGGAAAAAAAAACUACCACUAUCCACAGCGCAUUUCUUGUCCGAUAAUUCUUCGCCCAUAGACAGUUCUACGCCCUUUUCAUUUCAAUCUCUUUGGUUUUUACACCCACAAGGUGCAAUCGCGUUCCAAGUUUAUCAUGCGUCAAAGAUACUGCUCAACUUGCACUUUCCACCUGAACCAGUAGGACACUAUCACCUGGAACAGCUUCAACACCUUACAACGCGUCGUUGUAUUGAGCAAUCACGGAACGAAAUCUUUCUCAUCUCCAACGCUGGGAUACCAGAUACAUGGAGCUUGAUCUCUACACAGUGUCUUUACAUAGCAGGUCUGGUGACCGAUGGCGUUUUAGAGCGGAAUAGAACGCUAGAACUCAUAGAAAGAUGUCAAGAGAGUUCAGGCCGGCGUACAAAGUGUCUGGCAGAUGCACUGCGGCAAUUCUGGGCACAAUAAGUACGCGUCUGAGAGAUUUUGCGCAUUGAUACCUGCAUCAUCAUAACGGCCUGAAGCUCGACGACCCGUCCAACUGGAGGGCCCCAUUUGUAAAUACGGGCGAUUUGAUCGACACCACCUGCGAAGGGAAAUUCCAUGAGAUUCAUAUGUACACUUUGUGCAUGAUGAAGCUGUCUGUGCACUCAAUUGGCCUGAUGUCAGCUUUUUCAAACACAGGCUAAGUGUAAAGGAUACCACUCACUUGAGAGAGC